CAUUUAAAGGUUUGCAGGCGGCAAGCAAGCGAACCAGUGUCGAUGCUAUAAGAACGGCCGGGCGGACGGAAGCAAAAAAUAUUGUAUUCAGUAAUAAAUAAAUAAAGCAAUGAAAACAGCUGAUACGGAUAUCAGUGAUGAAAAAUAGAAGUUGCAAGUGCAUAAAACAUGAGCUGAGAGAAAACCAAAUCAACAAUAACUCCAACGAAAGUCGUGGGCGUUUGAGGAAGAAAGUGAUAAAAACUAAAUUUGAAACAGUCGGGUUUAAAUCAACCAAAGGAAGUGUGCAAUAGAAAAUGCUUACAAUCAUGUUUUAAAAAAAUUAUUAUUAUAUAAUGGAUUAAAAAUGUGUUAAUGCCUGUUAGAAGCAAAAGUGAUAAGGGUCCAAGAUCCAUUGAGAAGAAUUAAAAAUUCAACUUGUUUUUUGUUGACAUUGGUGGAGCUGCACAAAUUUGUAUUUGGCACGAAUUUUAAUGGUGUUACAAAAAUAAUUAUAAAAGAAUUAUCUUACUGUCAAAUAGGAAACAAGCGUGCUCCCAUGGUUAUGGCCGUGAUUUUAUUGAUCGCAAUCGCAAUACUUUUGGCUUUCUAUUGCAACUUUGAUUUGGGCAAAGUAGCCACCGCCUAUUUGAAGCCGCUGCUUACACGCUGCCGCGAGCGAAAUGGGAAGUUAGACGCCGCCACCAGUUCGGCAAGUACAUCGGACGAUUAUUAUCAUGCGAAGGAAAUUCCUCGUCCACGCGGUGUCUGGGACAUUCCAGGACCGUUGGCGAUACCCUUUCUCGGCACCAAAUGGGUAUUCUUCGUCUUCUUUAGCAAAUACAAAAUGUCGCUGAUGCACGAGAUGUACGCAGACUGGCAUCGCAAGUACGGCCAAAUCGUUUUGGAAGUGCUGACUUCAGGCUUACCGAUUGUGCAUUUAUUCGAACGCAACGACUUGGAAAAGGUGUUGAAAUACCCAAGCCGUUAUCCCUUUCGGCCGCCCACUGAAAUUGUCGUCAUGUAUCGGCUAUCGCGACCCGAUCGAUAUUCUAGUUUGGGCAUCGUGAAUGAACAAGGUCCCACCUGGCAAAAGCUACGCUCUUCGCUCACUUCCUACAUAACAUCGCCGCGCAUUCUCUAUAAUUUCCUGCCCGCUCUCAAUGUCGUUUGCGAUGACUUUAUCGAGCUGUUACGUCAUCAACGCAAUCCCCAAACAUUUGAAGUGUACAAUUUUGAGGAUAUCGCCAAUCUAAUGGGUCUGGAAGCGGUUUGCACGCUCAUGCUCGGCCGGCGCAUGGGUUUUCUGGACAAAAGUGGCCAACAGCCGGAGAGAAUCCGACAACUGGCGAGUGCGGUGAAGCAGCUUUUCAUAUCACAGCGCGACUCCUACUAUGGCAUAGGACUGUGGAAGUACUUGCCAACGAAGACAUAUCGAGAGUUUGUACAUGCCGAGGAGAUUAUCUAUGACGUUAUUUCCGAGAUGGUUGAAAUGGCGCUGCAAGAGGACUACCUCACGUCGGCGAGCGAUGAAAGUGAGGCGGCUUUGCGCAGUAUAUUCUUGAAUAUACUCGAGCUAAAGGAUCUGGACAUACGUGAUAAGAAAUCGGCCAUUGUCGACUUUAUAGCGGCAGGCAUUGAAACGCUUGCCAAUACGGUGCUCUUUGUGCUCAGUUCAGUGACCAAUGAUGAGCAGGUUAUUUCGGGCAUCCUAGACGACUUUCGUGAAUAUCGUAAAACGACCAUAACAAAAGAGGCCAUUGCCAAGGCAAAUUACACCAAAGCUUGCAUACAAGAAUCCUACCGCAUUAGGCCAACAGCCUUCUGUUUGGCGCGCAUACUUGAGGAGAACAUGGAGUUGUCGGGCUAUCAUCUCAAAGCGGGCACGGUUGUGCUGUGUCAGAAUAUGAUUGCCUGCAACAACGAUGCCAAUUUUCCAAGUGCAACUGAAUAUCGGCCUCAGCGCUGGCUCGACGAGGAGGGUCAAUUCACUGUGAAUGUGCCCAAUGCGUGUAUUGUGGUGCCGUUUGGAAUUGGGAAACGCACCUGUCCGGGCAAACGAUUUGUCGAAAUGGAGGUGAUGCUCUUGUUGGCUAAGCUGUUACUCGCUUUCGAGAUCAAAUUCAAAGAGCCGCUGCAAACGGAAUUUGAAUUUUUACUUGCGCCUAAAACUCCACUAACCUUAAUCAUGCACGAUCGCAUCUACUGAGCGGCGAACGCACUGACGCAAACUCUGCAGCACUGGUGCGCAGUUACAGUGAGUCAUAGGCGCAGCAUUGUGAAUUAUUUGUAAAUUAUUUAACACAAAAAUAAUGAAGGAAAAUCAUCUUAAGUAAUUUAACAAUACCCGUUAGUGAAGGUUGUAAAUAUUUGAAAAUUUUUAUAUACAAACACACACAUACACAUAUCUACAUGCAUAGUUACAAUUGUGAGCAUUUUUGCGUAACGAAAGACUGUUUUAAUUUUAAAAUGUAUUUAUUAAUUUAAUAAGGAAAUGUUGCAAUAUUUAUCCCAAAAAUUGAAGAAAUUGUAAAUGUGUACACUAUACAUACAAACAAAAAUAUGUAGUUUGUAAAUGUAAAAAAAUAUAAAAUUUAAAUAUCAAAGCCAGAUGAACUUUAAACGUUU